AUGGGCAUAAUCAUCGGAUUACUCUACUAUCUCCACGAUCAAGCUCACAACAAAUGGCCUGCAGGCCUAACGAUAAUCACGGUUCUUUCGAAAAUUGCCUCGGCAGCACUUAUUCUACCUAUAUCGGAAGCUAUCGGGCAGCUGAAAUGGACUUGGUUCUACGGGAAAAAGUCCAGAGACGCAUUCGACUUCGAGAUAUUUGACAAAGCAUCGCGCGGUGCAUGGGGAUCGUUCAUGCUCCUGUGCCGAACGAAGGGCAAAUCACUUGCCGCACUAGGUGCACUGUUGACAGUCCUGCUACUUGCGAUUGAUACUUUCUUCCAGCAGGUUACCGAUCUCAAUGAGCGUUGGAAGCUACAGGGCAACAGCUCGAUUCCACGAACCGUACAAUAUACCCCCUCCCUCGCCCUUACAUACGACAGCACCUGGGACAACGAACCCGUGGCCACGAUGAACCAAGACCUCAAGAGGACCCUGGAUCCAUUUUUCUUUGACCAAAAUGGCACACGUCCUUUUCUCACCGAGGGUGGUCCUCAGGCUGAGAUACCACUAGUAUGUCCAACUAGUAGAUGUACUGCUUGUGGCUAUUUCCUGAAUGCGACGAGUUCACUGCCUGUCCUGAUGUCCGGGUACAGAGUCGAAAACAGCACGGAUUCCCCUCAUGGAGAGACACUUCUCAUGCGCACGCUACCGCUCGUCACAAACCCUUUGAGGUCACCGCUGUACGGGGGUUCUAUCAACUUCAAGCACAUCAACUAUCCUAUCAUCGAUGCGAUAAUCGUAAGCGCAGCGGAUGGCUCCUCCGAGAGCGUCUAUCGCAAAGCCCUCCCAGUGGCUCACGAAUGUGUCUUAUCCUGGUGUGUAAAGACACUUCGCUCCUCAUACGCACGAGGAGGUUACAAAGAGGAGGUCAUCGAGACCUUUACCAACACGACACAGAUCGAAUACCCAUGGUGGGGCGAGAGUGUGGGGCUUGGCAUGACGCUGACUGAGUUUGAUGCAAAUAUCACGAUAACUCCACCUACCAACGACAACUAUACGACCACUUAUGGUGUCUCAAACGAGACGUUCAUGAACACAAUCUUUGUUCUGGACGAAGUGUUCCCCUCCCUGAUUACUGUCACCGAGCCAUCGGCCAAGCCAUAUCUGAAGAUCAGAACUAGUUUCAUCGAUCAGUACCAAUUCUCAAGACAGCCGCCACACAAUGCGCAAACCUUAGAACGCGAUACGCCACCACCGAGCACUUCCGACGAGGCCGAGAAGAACUCAUUAGACUUGGUACAGCGCUUAGAGAAGAAACUGGCUGAGUACAACGCGUCUCAAAAUGUUUUCAAGAGAUGGCUUUUUGAGACUGCCAGUUGGACAGUGAGCGCGUUGUGCAUGGGCGCCACCAUCGGUAUCUAUUUAUCGAUCAGUGGGGAGGAGAUGACCAAGAGCGACCGAUUUCUCACGAUAGCCAAUAUCUUAGGGAAGGUUGCAUCCGCUGCCCUUAUCGUACCGACAUCUGAGGCACUUGGGCAACUAAAGUGGCAUUGGUUUCAUGAGUCCAAAGCUAUGUGGGAUUUCGAAAUCUUUGACAAGGCAUCCCGCGGUGCAUGGGGGGCUGCACUACUUCUUUUCCGGACGAAAGGAAGGUCGCUUGCUGCGUUGGGGGCGCUUCUCAUCGUACUACUGCUUGCCAUCGACACCUUUUUCCAGCAAGUGGUAACCUAUCCGGACCAUUGGGCCAUGCAGAACUCUUCCUGUUCGAUUCCAGUCGUCAAGAAAUACCGUCCACCUACCUCGAAGUUCUACAUCAAAGCUGAAGAACAGGGGUUGUAUGAUGAGGUAUCUGCCCCUAUCAUCAAAAAGUACUUUUAUGGGAACGGCACACGAUCUACACAGCUGGGGCGAGGCAUUCGUCCAGAGAUUCCCUUAUCGUGCCCUACUAGCAACUGUAUUUUCCCUGAGUACGACACUCUUGCAACGUGCAGCAGCUGCGCGGAGGUCUCUCACAGUCUAAACAUCACGCACGCAUGUCUCAACACCACGAUCGACUGGAGUGCCUACUACCAAGGUCCGAUAGAAAGUGUUCCGUAUCCAAACGGGACCGUGUGCGGGCAUUUCCUCAACAUCACUUCGAGUACACCGCUUCUUCUCUCGGGAUACGUGGUACUAGAAAACGGAACGACAAACACUACUGGCGAGGCUCUAUUGAUGCGUACAGUUCCUCUUUCCGACUUUUGGACUAGAGACCCCUUCUACGGCUCAGGCUCUGUCGCCUUCAAGAACAUUCGUUAUCCAAUCUAUGACGGACUUAUCGCAUCCGCAGCUAAUGGUAUUGGCAGUGUCUUCCGACACGAGCCCCCUGUAGUCCACGAAUGUGUACUGUCGUGGUGUGUUGAACGCAUGAGAUCCUCAUACGAAUCGGGUAUAUACAGCGAGAGCAUCCUUUCAACGCAUCUGAACAUCGCCACCGACCCCACACCAUGGCCUUGGAUCGUUACGAAGCGGGAGUCUGGCACAGAUUUUGUUUAUGCGCCCAAUGUGACUCUCGAUGUUCCAUCGCAGAGCUUGCCAGGUACAACCUCACCCGGCCCCAACAUCACGUAUACUAUCUGGAACGAAACCGUCUGGAAAGUCAACGCCAUUUGGGACGAUUUCUUCCCAGCAUCUUAUACGAGCAACAACUCGGCGAUGCAGCCAAUACUCAGGUUUCAGAAUUUCGAAAAUGGCCCUGCUACGCGAUACAUCGACUUCAAUCCCUGGCUAGCACCUAACAAUAUUACACAUCAUAUGGAGAGGCUAGCUAGAGACGUGACCAAUGUCAUACGGUCUAAUGUUGAUAGCAAUGAGAUGAUAGCCGGAAAAGCAUACAGCAUGGAGAAGUUUGUCCACAUCAAUUGGCUGUGGUUGAUAUUCCCACUCCUGCUACUCGUACUCAGCCUUGUGUUCUUGGUUGCUACUAUCAUCAAAACUUCGAAGGACACCGAGACAGGUAUAUGGAAGACUUCGGCGAUGCCAACGUUGAUGUACGGUCUACCGCAGAAUAUGCGGAAGGACAGUACCUCAACCACAAGCUCGGGUGGCGCAUCACACCACGAUCCCCGCAAGGUCAGAAUUAGACUCUUGCCAAAGCAAGGCUGGAGAGUGUCUGGACAGGUGCAGCCAGCACCGACAGCUCCACCUGGCUUCAUAUAA